UUGUGGACACGUCGUGACUUCGUGAAAAGCUACAGAUACUGCACUUCGAUCUCGUCUAGUGCCAGAGCCGUUCUACAGAUGGUAGAGAGCGGCACAUUUUCCAAUCUUUGGAGAAGCGCUUACCGGAAAAAAAAGUACCUCAGACUACUUAUUAUUGUGGAUGCCCUCAUUAUAGCGGUGCUACUCAUUGACCAUCGUACAUUUAAUUUAAGGACUCUUAGACAAACUCCUACAAUGAAAAACGCAACAAGCUACAGCCAACAAACUGCGGCGCCAAGAUCGAUAUAUGGUUGGAAGAUAUUAACAGCGUGCAAUAAGUCUUCUCUCAGAAUACUCUUCAUCGUAUAUACCACUCCAACUGACAUACAAAAGCGGCGGUGGCUGAGAAAGACCAUUGGCGAUCCUUAUCUUCAGUCUUCUGUGAAUUCCAGCAUUCUUUUCUUCGUUGGAAGUUCUACCGAUGCACGGCAACAACGGGUGCUCGAAAGUGAAGCCGUUAGAGAAGGCGACAUUGUUGUGCUCAACAUCACGGAGGACCGCCACAACCUCUCCCUUAAAUUUCUGCUCGGUGCAAGAUGGAUUCUCGAAUACUGUUCUCCCGACUCUGCGACUAUUGUCAAGAUAGACGCAGACAUAUUGGUCAACGUCUAUGCUUUGUCAUCAUACGUGAACAGCAAUGUAAUGUGGCUCACGGGCAUCCAUUGUGUUGUUUACAAAAACAUUGCUCCAGUGCGAAAGAGAACUAGUGAGUGGUACGUAAGUAAAGACGACUACACAUUAGAAGUGUACCCUAACUAUUGUGCUGGAGACGCAUACUUUAUGAAGCCGGCUCUGCUAUCUGCCAUCGUCGAUGCUGCGGUUCUUGUCCCGUACUUCUGGAUCGAGGACGUUUAUGUGACCGGCAUCGUGGGAGAUUUCGCCAAUGUAAACUUGGUGGAUAUAUCCGGACACGUUAUACUGAGUAAACCGAGAAACCUGUUGAGAGUAAGUGCUACGACAUUGUUCGUGAACACGCGCUUGGCCAGAUUAUCGGAUAACAGAAAAAGUUCCUUGUGGAAAGAUAUUUUGCAGCGAAAUAAGUCAAUGCAACGAGAAUACCGCAAGAACGUUGAAGUGUACUAUCGCAGUGUUGGUUAGAACAUGUGGCCGAAAUAUACCAUUUAGUGUAGCAACACAACAAGCAGUCAUGAAUCCACGUAUUUUUGAAUGUGCAAAUACUGCAGAGAGAAUCGCCCUUGUUUAAAGUACUGCAAUAUUUGAAAA